AUGGCGGAAUUUGACAGUGUCGAGAAUCGCACCCCAGCCGUUCCGACUCGCAGCGUUUCCGACUCGCAGCCUUUCGACGAGCUGCUGCCGACAUCAUUCCUACCAGAUGUGAACGGAACCGUCAACUUCAGCUGGAAGCUGAUGUCUGCGACAGUGCCCACUGCGGCUCCCUGGGCUUUGUGUCCCGGCGUGAUCCGCUCUGUUCGACUCACAGCCAAUUCACUGCCCAUCAGUGAGCCGCCUCGGGUGCCAUCAAUGUCAGAUCUGGACGCCACGAACUACCUCGUCUGGCAACCAAGGUCGGCAACAGCGACGCUGGGAGCGCGCACCACGGGAUAUAAUUGCCAGUCUGGUGCCUCCCACUUCGGGCUUGACACCGCAUCGAAAAUGCCACGCUCACAGCCCAUGUUUUUCCAGACAUUGAUCCAAUCAAUUCAAGAUGCUCGUCUCCUGGAAAAGAGUAGCCGGCAGCAGAGCAAAAGUACUGAGUGGAAGAAGGCCCGAACGUAUCGCCUGACUGCCUCCAACUUUGGGACUGUUGUUGCCCGUGAGAAAUGGACACCGAAAGGACUGCAGAACGUGACAAGUGACAAGGACCUGUCACGGGUGAGGGCUGUACAGUAUGGCAUCUCCAAUGAGCGACAGGCAGUACGGCGAUACGAGGCGGCACUUCGCACUGUUUUGCACGACGUCCAGACCUUUCACUGCGGGCUGGUUGUAAGUCCAACAAGCCCAUGGCUCGGCGCUUCACCAGACCGGAUUGUGUGGGACCCACAAGAGAACUCCCAUGGCAUCAUUGAAGUGAAGUGUCCAUAUUCGAUGAAGGACAUGGAUGAGCCAACCACUGAAGGAUCGUGCCUGUACAAGGGUACUGACAAUGUUUUCAGGCUUGAUCGUCGGCACGAGUAUUAUUAUCAGCUUCUUGGGCAAAUGGCUAUCUGUGGGCUUUCCUGGGCAGAUUUUGUAGUGUACUCUCCCCAGUUUCUUGUGGUUGAGAGAAUCAAGUAUGAUGAUGCAGCUUGGCAGCAAUGCAAAGUGCAACUGAAGAAUUUUUAUUUCAGCACAUUAUUGCCAUAUUUUGCAAGCAGAGAUCAUCCAUUGCAACCAAGCAACUCGUAA